UUCUGCGACACAAGUACCGUGCAUGUAGCAUGUAGCAGCUGCAGAUUCAAGCGACUUUUCUGGAUCUUGCUGCUUGCUACGAGAUUAAAACGAUAAUGCGAGGUUCACUGACGACCCUAUGACGAUGUGACAGCCAGCCGUGUCUCGGUGGUGUUGUUGCGGAGCAGUGCAUGUCCCGUCCGCAGGAGGUGGAGGAGGGCAGGCGGAGGGUCUGAGCUCUGUGUCGGUGUCCGGGAUGGAGACCUGGACCCCCAAUCCCCGAGCUAAGCCUUUUAUCCCCCGCCAGCAAAGAAGCCUGUACCUCACCUGGAAGUACAAAUUAACCAACAAGAGGACGAUUCGUCGGUUCUGUCAGGCUGGCGCUGUGUUGUUUCUGCUGAUAACAGUCAUAGUCAACAUUAAACUCAUCUUGGACACAAGAAGAGUAGCGAACGAGGAUGCAGCAGCUCAAGAAUAUGAGGACACGAUACCCAACAUGGAGACACCACGCAGGCCGGCUAAUGGACGCAAGGUCCUGGACAUUGAAGUGUACUCCAGCCGCUCCAAGGUCUACGUGGCAGUGGACGGCACCACUGUGUUGGAGGACGAUAUGCGGGAGCAGGGCAGAGGCAUUCAUGUGAUUGUUCUCAACCAGGCAACUGGUCAUGUCAUGGCCAAGAGGAUAUUUGACACCUACUCUCCCCACGAGGACGAAGCCAUGAUCCUUUUCCUCAACAUGGUGACCCGGGGCCGAGUCCUCAUCUUCACCAUAAAGGAUGAGGGCACGUUCCACCUGAAGGAUGCUGCUAAGAACCUGCUGAAGAGUCUGGGCAGCCAGGUGUCCCUCAACCUCAGCUGGAGGGACAUGUGGACUCUGGUGGUGAAGAAAGGAGGUCAGGUGUAUGGAGAGAAGCACUCAAAGUCUCCAGCUCUGUCCACCUGGGGAGACCCGGUGUUGCUGAAGACUGAGGUGCAGCUCACUGCCUCUGAAGAGGCAGAGUGCCACUGGGCAGACACCGAGCUCAACAGGAGGAGAAAGCUCUUCUGCAGCAAAGUGGAAGGAUACGGCAGCAUCUGCAGCUGCAAAGACCCGGCGCCCAUCGAGUUCAACCCUGACCCUCUGCCCAGCAAUAACGUUAUCAGUGUCCCAGUGGCUGUCAUAGCAGGGAACAGACCCAACUAUCUCUACAGGAUGCUGAGGUCGCUUCUUUCAGCUCACGGCGUCAACCCGCAGAUGAUCACUGUCUUCAUCGAUGGAUAUUAUGAGGAGCCUAUGGAUGUUGUAGAGCUGUUUGGACUGAAGGGAGUUCAGCACACACCAAUCAGCAUCAAGAAUGCCAGAGUGUCCCAGCAUUACAAGGCGAGUCUGACUGCAACCUUCAACCUUCAUCCAGAGGCCAAUUUUGCCAUCGUCCUUGAAGAAGACCUGGAUAUCUCCAUUGACUUCUUCAGUUUUCUGAGUCAGACCAUCCACCUGUUGGAUGAGGAUGACAGCCUGUACUGUAUCUCAGCCUGGAAUGACCAGGGCUAUGAGCACACAGCAGAAGACCCAGCCCUGCUGUACAGGGUAGAGAGUAUGCCCGGCCUGGGCUGGGUGCUAAAGAAGAGCCUCUACAAGGACGAGCUGGAGCCAAAGUGGCCGACACCUGAGAAGCUGUGGGACUGGGACAUGUGGAUGCGAAUGCCGGAGCAGAGGAAAGGCAGAGAGUGCAUCAUCCCCGACGUGUCCCGCUCGUACCACUUCGGCAUCAUCGGCCUCAACAUGAACGGAUACUUCCAUGAGGUAUAUUUCAAGAAACACAAGUUCAACACUGUUCCAAAUGUGCAGCUGAAAAGCGUCGACAGUUUAAAGAAAGACGCUUAUGAAGUGGAGAUCCAGAACCUGCUGAAGGAAGCAGAGGUGCUGGACCACACUAAGAACCCAUGUGAGGACUCGUUCCUGCCAGACUCUGAGGGGAAGACCUAUGUCAUGUUCAUUAAGAUGGAGACAGAGACGGACACAUCCACCUGGACAGAGCUCGCCAAGUGCCUCCAUGUUUGGGACCUGGAUGUUCGGGGAUACCACAGAGGCCUGUGGCGGCUAUUCAGAAAACGUAAUCAUGUCCUGGUGGUGGCUGUACCAAUCUCCCCAUACUCUGUGAAGAAACCAGCCAGUGUCACUCCCAUUCACUUAGAGCCUCCGCCCAAAGAAGAGGGAGCACCGGUGGAGCAGUUAUAGACCUGAUGUCACACACACACACACACACACACACACACACACACAUGCACACAUGCACACACACGCACACACACACAUACUUCAACCAGUCCAGGCCUUAACUUGUCUUCACCAACAACCACUAAUAAUCCAGCCUGGGACUCACAACUACAAAACUGACUUUUCUCAAAGGUUGAACUUGUGUACGAGAGGGUACCUGGGAAAUGGAGUCAAAUUUUUGUCUUUCUUACUUUUAAACAAAAGAGGGAUUAACACUACAAACUGCACUACUAAAUCCGUCCAAAAGCUUGAGGAGGAACUGUGAUGCUAAACUCUGUUUUGAACAAUCAAAACAGUAUAUGACUGUCAACAGCUGUCUGUUUCUGUUUCCGUGACAACUGUGGGCUGAACCCACGGUCGGUUACAUUUCAAUUCAAGCUGAGACUUUUCGGCAAGAACGGUGCAAACACUACAAACGCACACUCACCUAUUUCAGCCAGUUUUUCCCUUUAGUUUGUCGUGUUUUUUGACUACUGAGUGAGUUGUUCAUUUUGUACAUACGUUUUAACUUAUCUCUAUUUAUUUUACAUCUGUCAAUCAAAAAGGACUUUGUUAGGGGUUUGUUGCAUUUUUUUUAGAUCCACUUUUAUCAAGAUCAGUGCAUUUUUUAAGAGCCUAACGUUUACAGAUAAUGAAAUAAUGAUGUAUAUACAUGCCUAUAUAUUUUUUGAUGAAAAAUUAAAAGGGUCAGCAUAUUUUUCAGCGUUAAAUAUUGAGUUUGAGUGAAAGAGUUGAUAACAGCCCUGUGGGUUUUUGCUAUUAUUGACUGCUUGGGUCAGUUGCUUCGGAUCAGGUUUCAUGAGAGGAUCUCAGUGGUGGCUGAAAGAAACAAAAAAUGAAAAUAUGAACAGGACUUCACAGCGCACACUGCAUUUAGAAGCAAUCUAAUACAAUAUUCCUAUUUUGAUUGUGCCACAGUGAUGCUUACAAACAGAAACAGAAAAAAGACCUUUGUUUUCAGUUCUUAAUUUUAAAUUCUAAAAACAAAAAUCCAGUUUUUGAUGUGACAAAGGCAAAAUAUCGUGUCAAAAAAUGUACUAAAGUUGGAUACCAUGGUAAGUAUUGUGUUGGUGCUGGAUUUAAAAGUUUGUGUUAGCACCAGCAUAGAAAAUGUUCAAACAAUACCAAGCCCUUUACUCAGACAUUUACACUACAAAUUGAAAGUGGAAAAUCUAAAAACAUCUAAACAAAAAUGAUGAUAAUAAAAAAAGUAUAUUAAAUUCUGUUGAUAAUUUUAGUUCCCCGGUGAAAUUUUAGUUACAUUUUCUUGCUUCAUUAAUUGCCUUUUUGAUUUAGAAAUGCUUAUUCUUAUAAGAAGCGAUAAGAAAAUGUACUUGUCAGUCUCGCAAGAUACUGUUCAUUUUAAUUGCGUGUCGAGCUUUCUGUUUUUUAUUUGCAUGAUGUUCCUCAAUGCAGCGUAUGUUUCAAAUCAAUGAAAAAUGACCUUGUUC